GGUAGGUGUGAAUACAGCUUUCUGGUAGGGUUACAUCGACGAACUAUGCGGCAAUCGACUGGGGGGCAGCCCCCCGGCACAUCCCGCACAGAGACCUGGAUGUAACCCGAUUGUGAGCGUGAGUGAAACCGCCGAUGCGAUUGCUCAUUGCUCAGUCAGUGACCGACAGUCAGUCGCAGCAGACUUUGACGAUUGGCGGCCUCGCGCCCUCAGUCGCCCUCCUCUACUAACGGCCCUGCCCCAGCCCAGAUGCCUCAUCCAGGGUGGUGCAACCACUCGCGCAGGGAGGGAGAGACAGUCGGCGAUCUGCGCCGCGCAGAUGAGCUCCGCCUCGUCUGCGUCGAGGACGUCCACCGCAGGGCUAUCAUAGCGCCAUAUGACGCACUGCCUGUUGUUCAUUACUUCGCAGGUGCCAACGUCGAGGACAAUCUCACUGGUGGCGGCUGCACUCCCGGCCGGCGGUAGGAGAGAUGAAGGCUAAUGUACUUGGCAGUGUACGGGGCCUUCCGGCGUGAACAGUGCCCCGGGACGAAAGAGGAGGCGACGUCUCUCUCGUCCACGAGCGCCUCGAUGUGCGCAUCGACGGUGUAACCAGCUUUGAGAGACGGGAACGAACGGCGGUGAAUCGCCGACAGGUGCGCCUUCGUUCCUACCACCACUCCCACCACCGCCAGCUCCGCCGUGGACCUUGCCGGGCCCUCUGAUGAUGUAGUGAGCAGUUCGUCCGAGCCGUUGUUGUACUCUGCUGUGGCGCCAGCUCGGUGUACAAUACGGACGAAGACGGCCACAGCAACGGUGUAACCAGCGCGAGCAGGCAGCGCGAACCGCUGUGCCUCGGCGCGC